CCAGGAGUUGUGCGCGUGCGCAGGGCGUCCGCCGUCACGUGCCGGGGGAGCGCUCGGGGUCACGUGUGGGGCGGCUUCGCGGGCGCGCCCCCCCUUCCGCGCAGCGCCGCAGCCGUCCGGCCGUCCGGCCCCACCAUGGCGAGCGGCGGGGGCCUGGGCGAGGCGGCGGCGGCGGCGGAAGAGGAGGAGGAGGCGGAGGCGGCGGUGGGGCGGCUGGCGGCGGCGCUGAGGCAGCGGGCCCUGGGCUGGGAGGCGGCCCUGGCGGCCGGGCAGCGGCUGCUCGUCUGGGAGAGGCCGCUCCACAGCCUGCUCGCCGCCGCCGCCCUCAACGGACUCUUCUGGCUGCUGUCCUCCUCCUCCCUGCGGCCCUUCUUCCUGCUGGGCGUCUCCCUGCUCUGCUUCCUGCUGCUGCAACGCUGGCCGCCCCGGGCCCUGGCCCCCUUCUCCGCCCCGUCCGCCGAGGAGCAGCCCCGGGCUGACAGCGAGGCCCUGGGGGCGGGGGCCCGGCCGCACCUGCUGAGCGUCCCCGAGAUGUGCCGCUGCGUGGCGGAGAGCUGGCUCGCCUUUCACGGACACCUGCGCGACCUGCUGCGCUACAAGAGGCACAACCCCGGGCAGUUCUGCGCCCGAGUCUGCUGCGGCUGCACCGCCCUGGCCGCGCUGGGCCACUACGUGCCCGGGACCAUGAUUUCCUACAUCAUCCUGCUGAGCAUCCUCCUGUGGCCCCUGGUCGUGUACCACGAGCUGAUCCAGCGGAUGUACACGCGGCUGGAGCCGCUGCUCAUGCAGCUGGACUACAGCAUGAAGGCCGAGGCCGUGCGCCACCGGCACGACCCCCGGGGCGCGGGCCGGGCCCCCGGGGGCCGCGCGGGGGGCCGCCGCCACGCCGGGGACGGGGACGACGACGGCGACCCCGCGGCCGAGACGGACAGCGAGAGCGAGGCCGAGCUGGCCGGCUUCCCCCCCGUGGUGGACGUGAGGAAGACGGCCCUGGCCCUGGCCAUCACCGACUCGGAGCUGUCGGACGAGGAGGCCUCCAUCCUGGAGAGCGGGGGCUUCUCCGUGUCCCGGGCCACCACCCCGCAGCUCACCGACGUCUCAGAGGAUCUGGACCAGCAGAGCCUGCCCAGUGAGGCGGAGGAGACCCCGAGGCCGGAGGAGGAGGAGGAGGAGGCGACGACAGGAGCCAAGAAGCCGCCCGCGCCCCGCGCCCUGCCCGGCGUCCUGCACAGCCCGGCGGACUCGCUGGAGGAGGCGGCGGCGGCCCCGCUGCAACUCCCGUCCCCCCUGCACUUUGUGAACGCUCACUUCAACGGGGCGGGGGGCGGCCCCGGCGGCCCCCCACCCGCCCCCGAGGAGGACUUCGAGCUGCUCGACCGGCCGGAGCAGGAGCCCCGGCCCUGA